AUGAAGUGUAUUCUACAGCUUCUAUCCGUUCUAAGUGUGACGCUGAUUGUCGUUGUAGCCAUACCAGCCGACUAUCAUUAUGGUGGUGGAGGUGGAUACAGCAUCAACGGAACGGAACGAAGCUUCAACUACUCGAGUGAUAGCAACGAUACAGCUCCACCUCCAGAUUUUGGUCGCCUCCUACCAAACCUGACACAAACGUUGGGAGGACCGUCGAUCUUUCCUGGCUUUGGUGGAGGUUUCUUCGGCAAUGGACAGGGUGGGGGUUUUCCAUUUUUCGGUUAA